AUGGACAAGGUGGUAGACGAGUAUCCUGAAUUGAAUUCAAGACUACUGCAGGUGCAGCUGGCCAUGUUUAGAGCUAAUAACACAUAUCAAACGAGCUCAGAUGUUGCUAGCGUUAUCCAGGAAAUGGUGCCAGAGCCAUUUCACAUCGGUUACAUACAUACCUGUCUGUUGAAAAAACUCCAAGCAGUAGAAAACAAAAGAAUACUGUCACAUCGGUCCAUGACGCCCCACAGUGACAGACACCCCUCCAUGUUGACUUGCAGCGCCUACAAGUUCUACCCCAAACAGAUCAGGGUGACCUGGUUGAGGAAUGGACAGGAAGUGACCUCAAACAUGACUUCCUCUGAGGAGCUAGCCAAUGGCGACUGGCACUACCAGAUCCACUCCUACCUGGAGUACACUCCCACACCUGGAGAGAAGAUCUCCUGCAUGGUGGAGCAUGCCAGCUUCACUGAACCAAAGAUCCUCCACUGGGACAUGUCUCUGCCAGAGUCUGGGAGAAAUAAGAUAGCCAUCGGGGCAUCUGGGCUGGUGCUGGGGGUGGUCUUUGCUGCAGCUGGUCUCCUCUACUACAACAGGAGGAAGACCACUGGUGGUGGUGGGAGGGAAUUGGUGCCAACAAGUCACCCAUCCCAGUGAUCUCUCAGUGACUACAUUACAGUUCUGCAUAGUGUAAAUAUGAGUCCCAAAUGGCACCCUAUUCCCUAUAUGGACCCUGGUCCUGGUCAAAAUAAGUGUACCAUAUAGGGAAUAGGGUUCCAUUUAGGAUGCUACCUAAUUGUUAUUAUGUCUCUGACUGCAGGUUUGAUGAUGGUGUCUAUAUGUUAUAAAUGUGUAAGGAGUGCCUGCUGCUUUUCUAAAAGACUAUCAAGAGUUCAUAUUAUUGUUACAGUAACACUUUAAAGCAAGUUCCUACAUAUAUGCUAUAGGAUACAAUAUAUAUUUUUAUGAAGUAGUUUGUUUCUCACAAAUUGUCUUGAAUUGUUUUGAACAAACCAAGUAGUUGGAACCACUUUUUAUGUUCUUGAAUGACCUUAAUGUACAACUGUGUGAACUAGCCUUCAAUGCUACCGUACCUGUGGACUUCCUGUCAUUGCGCUAACGCUAGUUAGCAUUGGCUCAUGAAACUAGCGCUAACUUCCUUCAUAUUGCACGCAGAGAAGUAAAAAUGAUAUUGUAAAUGCCAGAAUCUCGCAGUAUCCCUUUAACCCUGGAAUCCAUCAUUGUGAAACUGCCUCAUCCUUUUUCGAUAUUAUAACAACAAUGAACAUAGUUUUUUCUCCUUGGACACCGUUGUACAUAAUUGUACAUACCAUAUAACAGCAGAGUGUGUACUGCAAAAAUGUUGUUGUUGUUGAUGCUCCUCAACAAAACAAUAACAAAAACAAUAACAAUAACAUUAAAAAAUGUGCUGGGUUGAACAGUGACGCUGUUUCCCCUGGUGCGGAUUUCAGCUUUAAGAAUGUUGUGUUUGCUAUUACUGUAAACAUGCUUUACUUAGCAUUCUGAUAUUAUGCUACCCUCCGCUGUAGUUUGCUGAACAUUGAAGUUUCAUAUUGGUAUGUGUGUGUGUAUAAUGUGUGUGUGUAGGCUACAGAUGUAGGAUCGUAAUUUGACCUAUAUUGUCAUAGCAAAAUAAUCCUGUAGUAACAGGCUUGAAACGUUUAGUCCAUAAUAUUGCUGGAUCGGUGGUUAUGCUAUAAGCUGGACAAAAGUAGGCUACAUGAAAAGUGCAAUACUGUUCAUAUAAUCUUGUGUUUUAGUGUGGGGCUUUCAGUGAACUUAUGUACAUCACAAAGCUCAUCUGCAUUUCCUGUGGUGCAGGUAAAUUCUCAGCAACAAAAGAGUGAUCAAUUUAAGAUCCUACAUCUGUGUAUGUGUGUUUCUGUGUAUCACUGAGGCUUUUUACAUUGCUGUUACAGUACCAACUAAAUCCUUUACUGCAGCAACACCCUGGAUGCAUCGCAAAUGGCACCCUAUUCCCUAUGUAGUGCACUACUUUUGGCC